AACGUGUCUUAUUUUAUCUAUAUAUGAAUAUAGGUGAAUCAUCAGCACACACGGUGUGAACUCCAGGGCGUGAGCAACACCACAUUCACUCUUUCUCUCUUAUCGAAAUCAUUAUCAGAAGUGAAGAAGUCUCGCUGUGGUGAAGAAAACUUCAUUUCAAUUUAAAAUUUAUAAUUUUUUGUUUUUUCAUUUAUUUCUUCGUGUAUGAUAUAUUUUGGAUGCUGUGUUCAGUGAUAAAUUUUCAAAAAUUUGCAAAUUUUCCUUCAAAAUGUGGAAUUUGAUUUUAGUGACUUUAUUUUGUGGAACUUUGAUAUCAGCGCGUACAGAUUAUAGAGUAUGUCAACCAACGUCUGUCAAUAAAAAUUUGUGCGAAAAUUUAAAGCAAGGAAACAGUGAAGUAAAAUGUGUAAGUGUAUUGGAUGGCGUUGAUUGUGUACACAAAUUAAUUAAUAAUGAAGUUGAUUUUGGUGUUUUAACUGGCGAUGUACUUUAUUUGGCUGAUAAAUUUUAUUCAAAUGGAAUACGUUCUCUCUUUGAAUUACGACAUCAUGAAAAACAAUAUGAUUUCUAUCAAACUCAAAUGGUUGCUUUGGUAUCAAUAUCACAUGAAAUUACUAAUGAUAAUUUCAAUUCUCUGAAAGGUGGUAAUUUGUGUCAUCCAGGAUUUUCGGAAACUCAAUUAUUGAAUGAUAAUAUUUUAAAACAAUUUGAGAGAACAAUUUAUGGAGAUAAAUGUAGGCAGGAUUAUACUGAUUCUGAAAAUGAGCUUAUAAAUUUGAAAAAUUUCUUUGGACAAAGCUGUCGACCAGGACCUUGGGUCUCUAAUACAACAUUGGAUAAAAUUUUAAAAAAUCGUUAUCCAGAAUUGUGUUCCCUUUGUGACAAUCCUUUAGCAUGUUCAUAUAAAGAUAAAUAUGAUCAUGGACAUAUUGGUGCUCUAAAUUGUUUGAAGAAUAAUAAAGGAAAGGUCGCCUACGUGGCACUCAAUCACGUUCAAGAUUAUAUUGGUAAUUUUCCAUCGCAGGUAAAUAUGUUCCAAAUGUUAUGUCCCAAUGGAACUAUUACUUCUUUUAAUGACCACAAUCCAUGUGUUUGGAGUAAACGAUCUUGGGAUUUAAUCGUAUCAAGAGAAGACGUCACAUUGGAUUUGCCAAAUAAAUUAGACGGUUGGUUAACAUCUAACUUUGGAGAUUGGACUGAUGCAUUAAGAAAAAUUGUAUUAGGCAAUGAAAAGCAAUAUAGGCAUAUAGCAUUGCCAUCGUACAAAAAAGUUGAUUUUGAUUUUGGUAAAAAUCCAGUGUGCGGCAGAGAAAUAAAAUGGUGCACGACAAGUGAAUUGGAGCAUAAAAAAUGCCAAUGGGUUGCCGCUGAAUCCGAUAUUCUUGGAAUUACUCCGAAAAUUGUUUGCGGUAGAGAAAUUUCAACAUUUGAAUGUCUGCGUAGUAUUAGUCAAAAGCAAACUGACAUCACGACAAUUGAUUCGAAUUAUGGAUAUGUCGCUAGAAAAUUAUUCAGCCUGUCAACUGUACUUUAUGCUGACAAUGAUAACGACAAGAGUAACGUUGUAUUUGCAAUGAUUAAAGACACAUCAUCAUCGAAAUUUCAAAGUCUUCAAGAUCUAAAGGGAAAGAAAGCAUGUUUUCCGGAGUAUGGUGGAAUUUCUUGGAUGACAUUCCUUAAUGUUAUACGCGUCAAUAAAGUACAUGAUGAUUUGAAAACUUGUGAUUUCAAAAAAAUUGCAAACGAUAUUUUUAGCGAAGCAUGUGUACCUGGAAUACGUGACAGUGAUCAUUCAACAUUACAAAAAACAACAAAAGCCAAUGUAACCGCAUUGUGUUCAUUGUGUCCGCAAAAUAAUUGUCGAGCAAACGAUGAUAAUCCAUUUUUCCGUGAUAAUGGCGCAUUUCGUUGUAUUGAACAUGGAGUUGCUGAUAUUGCAUUUGUUAAGCCAAAAAAUUUAAAUGAUUCUACUGCAUUUGUAAAUCAACAUGAAUAUCGUAUUUUGUGUAAAAAUGGAUCUCUUGCAAGUAAUACUGGAUUUGAUGUUGAUGAAAAUUGUGCUUGGUCUAUCACUAUUGACAGUGAGAUAGUGUCAAGAAAGGACAUUUCACAAAUUGAACAUUCAAAUAUGGCAUUAACUCUAUUGAAAUUAAAUGCAUGGUUGGGUUCAAAUGAACGAACUUCAUUUAACAUUUACAAGAGUUUCAAUGGGACGAAAGAUUUACUUUUUAAAGAUUCAACAGUUGGUUUAGAAUCUUCAGAAUCUGAAGUUCGUUCUGUGAUGGCUUAUCAAAAAUUGAUGAUCGAUGCAGAAAAAUGUUCUGGAUCAUCACCAUUAAGUGUCAUUAGUUUAUUAGUUUUAUUUGUGUCACUAAUUAUUAAUCGAGUUUUAUAAAAAAAAAAAAGAGAACAAA